AUGCGUUCGGCUGUAAAAGUUAAGGCCGUAUGGGCGCUUCUUCUAAUCAUACUUGGACUAAUUUUUGUCCGCAUUUUGAGCCGACCAAGUGAUGCGGUUACUAUCUAUGUUAUAACUCCAACAUUCUAUCGGAUUACUCAAAAACCCGAGUUGGUUCGACUCUGUAACACUUUCUCGCUUGUUGAAAAUAUUCAUUGGAUAGUUAUCGAGGAUUCAGUUAACAAAACAGACUUAGUUGCUAAUUUUUUAAGCGAAUGUAAGGUUUCGUCGACACAUCUGAAUGCAGUAUCACCAAAAGACAAGAAUUAUCACAUUAAGGGAAGCAAUCAACGAAACGCUGGUAUGCAGUGGCUCCGAGAGAAUAUAGUCAAAGGACAACAAAGAGGCGUGGUUUACUUUGCCGAUGACGAUAAUACAUAUGACCCUCGUAUCUUUAAUGAGAUGCGCAAUUUGCGCCAAGGUGCCACUUGGCCGGUAGGGAUAGUGGGAGGGAGUAGUUGGGAAGGCUGUAUCACUGCGCCUGGCGAGCCCUCACGAAUUGUGGGCUUUUGGGCUGGCUAUAAACCACGACGAAGUUUCCCAAUCGACAUGGCCGCCUUUGCCAUCAACGUGGACCUCCUUUUUACCUACCCCAACGCAUCCUUCGACUACAAGCACGUGGAACAGCAGGAAGGCACUCUACUUUCUCAGGUUGGCUUCAAGUCUGCUCUCGAACUUGAACCCCGUGCCAACGGUUGCUCUAAAGUAAGUCAGAUCUAA